CCGGUCCGCUCGCUCCUGCCUCAGCCACCCCACCCGGGAGCCCUUUGCUGACAACAGCCCGGCCCACGGUGGUCUGUCUCUCUCCCGCUGCGUGGCCCCCGCCCUGUCCCUUCUCUGUGAAGCCGCCUAUCGCAGUCUGGCAGGCGCGUCGGAUGCGGUUUCCCCCGGGAACUGCAGUCCAAGGAGGACCCCUGGUGUCUUUGGAACUUUCCGGUGUCCCCGGUGCCAGCACACGGAGCAGCCGGUCGAGCGUGGGCGCGCCUGCAGGAGCCGGGGGCGCGGGGUUGGCUCUCGCCAGGGAGCGCUCCUUGGAAGAGGAGCGUGGACCGUAUAAAGGGGGCCUUGCUGACAAGAGGCAUCCCCUGCGUCGCGGGGGCUUAUAAAUCGCGCCCUGUUUCAUAAGGGGUAAACUGAGGCCCGGCGGAGAUGAAUGAUGACUUGACCAGGGUCACUAGGAGGAAGGAGCGGGAAGGAUAAAAGAUUGCUGGGACAGCCAGGAACCACCUGCGCUCUCGAAGUGCAGCAAUGCCAGUAUCUUCCGACGGAUAAACGCCAUACUGGAUAAUUCUCUGGAUUUCAGCGGAGUCUGCAGCACACCCGUAAAUCGAGGAAUUCAUGAUCAUUUGCCAGCAGACUUCCCGGACUCUGAAGAAACAGUUCCAAGCAGGAUGCUUUUCCCCACCUCUGCGCAAGAUUCUCCCCGUGGCCUCCCAGAUGCAAAUGACUUGUGCCUUGGCCUGCAGUCCCUCAGUCUCACAGGCUGGGACCGACCCUGGAGCACCCAGGACUCAGAUGCCUCAGCCCAGAGCAGCACACACUCAGUGCUGAGCAUGCUGCACAACCCAUUGGGCAGUGUCCUGGGGAAGCCCCCCUUGAGCUUCCUGCCUCUGGACCCACUUGGAUCUGACUUGGUGGACAAGUUCCCAGCACCUUCAGUGAGAGGACCCCGCCUGGACACGCGGCCCAUCCUGGACUCCCGUUCUAGCAGCCCCUCUGACUCAGACACCAGUGGCUUCAGCUCUGGAUCAGAUCAUCUCUCAGAUUUGAUUUCAAGCCUUCGCAUUUCCCCCCCUCUGCCCUUCCUGUCUCUGACAGGGGGUGGGCCCAGAGAUUCUUUAAAGAUGGGGGUUGGGUCCCGGAUGGACCAAGAGCAAGUCGCUCUCGCUGCUGCAGUCACUCCCUCCCUAACCAGUGCAUCAAAGAGAUGGCCAGGAGCUUCUGUGUGGCCAUCCUGGGACCUCUUGGAAGCUCCCAAAGACCCCUUCAGCAUAGAGAGAGAGGCCAGGCUGCACAGGCAAGCUGCAGCUGUGAAUGAAGCCACUUGUACCUGGAGUGGCCAGCUUCCUCCCCGGAACUACAAGAACCCUGUCUACUCUUGCAAGGUGUUCCUCGGAGGCGUCCCUUGGGAUAUUACGGAAGCUGGCUUGGUUAACACCUUCCGUGUUUUUGGCUCUUUGAGUGUGGAGUGGCCUGGUAAGGAUGGCAAGCACCCUCGGUGUCCUCCCAAAGGUAAUAUGCCUAAAGGGUACGUGUAUCUGGUCUUCGAACUCGAGAAGUCUGUCCGGGCCUUGCUGCAGGCGUGCUCUCAUGACCCUCUGAGCCCCGACGGCCUGAGUGAAUACUAUUUCAAGAUGUCUAGCCGAAGGUUGCGCUGCAAGGAGCCCACACUUCUGUCCCGAACAUCUCGUCUUAGAAAUGAAAUUGAAAACAGCAACUUCCGAUCUGUGGUGCAAGUGAUCCCCUGGGUCUUGGCUGACAGCAACUUUGUCUGGAGCCCAUUUCAGAGGUUCGACCCCAGCAGGACGGUGUUUGUGGGUGCUCUGCAUGGGAUGCUCAAUGCCGAGGCCCUGGCAGCCAUUCUGAACGACCUGUUUGGUGGAGUGGUGUACGCCGGCAUUGACACAGAUAAGCACAAGUAUCCCAUUGGGUCUGGUCGUGUGACUUUCAAUAACCAGCGUAGUUACCUGAAAGCAGUCAGUGCUGCUUUUGUGGAGAUCAAAACCACCAAGUUCACCAAGAAGGUUCAGAUCGACCCAUACCUGGAAGAUUCUCUAUGUCAUAUCUGCAGUUCUCAGCCUGGUCCUUUCUUCUGUCGAGAUCAGGUGUGCUUCAAGUAUUUCUGCCGGAGCUGCUGGCACUGGCAGCACAGCUCAGAGGGCCUGCGCCACCACAGCCCCCUGAUGCGGAACCAGAAGAACCGAGAUUCCAGCUAAAGGAGCCGGCCUCGCCCGCAGGCCUGUGGUGCCCAAGGCUGGCAGGUCAGGCAGCAGCCUGUACCACGAGGCCACUGGCGACCAGGGAGCUAGCUUCCCAGGACAAGGGAAAAUCAUAGUCACCUUUGCACUUGCUGAAUCUGUCUUUGUUUCUGCACUAAUUAAUGCACAAUGAGUUUUGUCGGGUUUUGUUUUCAGGGGGGUGUGCCAGGGCAAGGACCCUCUGGCUUAUACUCCCAGUGACUCUGUAGUUUUCCCAGAUUUUAGUUCCUCAUUUUGCAGAUAAAAAGCAAAAAAGAGCUACGUGUCCAGAAGGUAUUGACACGAUGCCUACAUCUAGGUUUAUUUAUUAAAAGCGCUUUUUUUUACAUUCCUUGCAAUACUGAUGGUGAUGAUGCACAGGUCUCAUUGGUUUUUCUUGCAGUUGCCAUACAGUGCCUUUCCAUUUAUUUAACCCCCACCUGAACGGCAUAAACUGAGUGUUCAGCUGGUGUUUUUUACUGUAAACAACAAGGAGACUUUGCUCUUCAUUUAAACCAAAACCAUAUUUCAUAUUUUACGCUCGAGGGUUUUUACCGGUUCCUUUUUACACUCCUUAAAACAGUUUAUAAGUCGUUUGGAAGAGGUUUUUUUUUUUUUGGUUUUGUUUUUUUUCCUUUCCUGGCAGCUUUUAACAUUAUAGCAAAUUUGUGUCUGGGGGACUGCCGGUCACUGUUUGUUUUUUACAGUUGCGAACAAGGCAUUUGCAACUAAGAACAAAACUUUUUUGAUUUGAAACAGGACCAGGUAAACGGUGUUUGAGCGCUGCUGUAUAUAGUUCUAAAUGGUUUAUUGCACCGUCUUAAGUUGCACUUAUUUGGUGGGGGAGGGUUGAUAGACGUUUUUAAUCACAAAGUCACAGGACUUUUUUUGUUUUGUAACUGAGCUAAAAAAGGGCUGCUUUUGGUGGGGGCAGAUGAAGGCUCACAGGAGCCCUUUCUCUUAGAGGGGACAAGUACCCUUCCCUUACUCCUUUCAUUUGAGAAAUGUGUGAAGCAACAGUUGCAGUUGACAGAAAUGCUACUGGAAUUUGAAAACUUGACUUUUUCUUUUUUCCUUUUUCUUUUUUCUUUCUUUUUUUUUAAAAAAAAACAAAACAAAAAACACCUACUUGCCCCUCUUUGGGAAGCUGUGUGCCAAAGAAUCAGUGUCAUAACCCACCCCCUCCUGCUGAGCUGACGUUGCACUGUUGCAUAUCCCAGCUACUCUGUGGGUUUUGUGAAGCUGUGUGUGAAGUCUCUACCUCAUUGUAGUAUAUGCAGGCAAGGCUGCAGUCUCCUACAGAUGUGUGGAGUAAGCUGUGGUGUAGUUUUUUUGGCACAUAAUAAACACGUUGCAGCAGA